AUGUUUAGACGCGCCGUAACAGUGAGCUUUCGAGCGAGGCUCAUCACUCGUCGUGCAUACUCGACUGCACCCAACGCGCUUCUUGCGGAGAAGCUCAAGAUCAAUGGUGAUAGGCUCUGGGAUGAUAUCCACUACACAGCUCAAUUCAGUGCACCUUCUCCUGGUGGUGUGACCCGUCUAUGUGCCGACGAGAAUGAUAAGAAGGUCCGGGACUGGUUCAGAGAUCAGGUGCUUGCACUGGGAGCAAAGUACACUGUUAACGCGACUGGUACCCAAAUCGCCACCUUCGAAGGCGAGGACAACAGCAUUCCACCCAUUGCUAUGGGAAGUCAUCUAGACACCGUCGCCACUGGAGGUAGAUUCGAUGGCCCCCUCGGAGUCAUAUCCGGACUCGAAGUCAUCCGAAGUUUGAAAGAACAAGGAAUAAAGACUCGUGCACCACUCACCCUUUUCAACUGGACAAACGAGGAAGGAGCGCGCUUCUUCCCUCUUCUUGGAUCCUCCAUUGUGUAUGCUGGAGAAUCAUCCGUCGACCAAGCACAUGCCUCAUACUCAAAUGAUGGAUCUGGCUUGACGCUGGGCAGUGAGCUGGCCAAGAUCGGAUACGUCGGUGAUGGUCCCAAUACCUUUGAGGAAUUCCCUAUUUCAGCUCAUUUCGAGGUACAUGUGGAACAAGCCACCGAUCUCGAGAAGGCCGGCAAACCCGUCGGUUGGGUUGAGGGAUGGCAGGGAAUGACCUGGUAUCAGGUCAUCUACCAUGGUGACGAUGGCCACGCGAAUACCUAUCCCAUGUAUGGACGUAAGGAUGCCCUGGUCGGUGCCUCUAAGCUCAUCGUUGCGCUUGAGGAUCUUGCAUAUGACUUGAAUGGUUAUACCACGACCACCAACAUCCAGAGCGGUCCAUGGGGUGCCUGCAACAUCCAAUCAAAGACCAAAGUCGUCUUCUGCUUGAUGCACAAAGAAGCACAGGGCUUAGAAGACAUGGGAGAAAAGAUCGUUAAGAAGAUCAAGGGUAUCGCCGCCUUGCAUGGCCUUGAAUAUGAGCUUGAAAGACAAGUUCACCUACUCCCUGGAGACUUCUGGCCAGAAGCCAUUGAUUGCGUCAGGCGAGCCUGCGGCGACAAGGGAAUCGGUUCCCGCACUGGUACUGGCCACGACUCAACCAUGACCAGACUCAAGUGCCCAACCGCCAUGGUUUUCGUUAGGGGUAAAGAUGGAAUCAGUCACUGUGCCAGGGAGUGGAGUGAUAAGGAGGACUGCGCUGAAGGAGCUCUCGUCUUGGGCAAAGCUGUCCUCAACUUCGACGAAUAUAUGAAGACGAAGGCCUCAGGAAAGGCAUAG